CAAUGCAACGUAGUGCAGUGCAGUGCAGCGUGGAGCAACGUAGUGCAGUGCAGUGCAGGAUGGAGCAAUGCAAUGCAGCGCAGCCCAGUGCAGGAUGGAGCAAUGCAGUGCAGUGCAGCGUGGAGCAACGUAGUGCAGUGCAGUGCAGGAUGGAGCAACGUAGUGCAGUGCAGUGCAGCAUGGAGCAAUGCAGGGAUGCACCGUGCAGGAUGGAGCAACGCAAUGCAGUGCAGGAUGGAGCGAUGCAAUGCAGUGCAUGCAGUGCAAUGCAGCGCGCCGUCGCCACUGUCCGCCUCUGCCCUCAGGCUGGAGCGGCUGCAGCGCAUCGUGAGCAAGCUGCAGUCGGAGGCGGGGCUGUGCGAGGAGCAGCUCAACCAGGCGGACGCGCUGCUGCAGGCGGAGCUGCGCCUGCAGGCCGCCGGCAAGCCGCCGCAGCGCUCGGCCGAGCUGCAACGCGAGCUGGAGCAAGCGGACGCGCAGCUGCGGGCCCUGUUCGCCGACGUGCAAGCCCUGAAGGACGGGAGGCACCCGCAGGGCGAGCAGAUGUACCGGCGCGUCUACCGCUUGCACGAGCGCCUGGUGGCCCUGCGCUCCGAGCACGCCUUGCACGCGACGGCCGCCGCCGCAACGCUGCUGCGCCCGCGGGCCGAGCAAGAGGAGGCGACGGCGUCGCAGCGUCGGCUGCGGCUGCUGGAGGAGCUGCAUGCGCUGGUGUCGGGGGCGGCGCAGGAGCUGCGCUGGCUGCGCGGGCGCGAGGAAGAGGAGGUGGCCUUCGACUGGAGCGAGCGCAACCCGGCCAUGGCCGCCAAGAAGGACGCCUACGCGACGGCGUCGCAGCGUCGGCUGCGGCUGCUGGAGGAGCUGCAAU